UGUAAGACCCCACCCUCUAGUCUUUUACUCCAACUCCCUGAAUAGUUUUAUUUCUUCAAGUGAGCAAAAGGUGGUGGUUUCUGGAUGAGAUGAUGGCUGUUGCUCUCUUCCUCUUGUCCUUGGUGUCUUGCCAGCCCUGGGUCACUGCACAGGACAAGGUGGACCAGAGAGUGAGUCGAGCCGCCACGACCCCUGCAGCAGUUUCCUGCCAGCUAAGCGACUGGUCGGAGUGGACAGACUGCUUUCCUUGCCAGCACAGAAAGUACCGAUACCGGAGCCUCCUGCAGCCAGGCAAGUUUGGGGGAACCAUCUGCAGCGGUGAUAUGUGGGAUCAAGCCAGCUGCAAUAGUCCUACACCUUGUCUAAGGCAACCACAGUGUGGACAGGAUUUCCAGUGUAAAGAGACAGGUCGCUGCCUGAAACGGUACCUUGUGUGUAACGGACACAGUGACUGUCUCGAUGGCUCUGAUGAGGACGGCUGUGAAGACACCAGGGCCCCUGAAGACGACUGCAGCCAGUAUGACCCGAUUCCAGGAUCAGAGAGGGCGGCCUUGGGGUACAAUAUUCUGACCCAAAGAGAAGCUCAGAGCGUGUACGAUGCCAGAUAUUACGGAGGCCAGUGUGAGACAGUGUACAACGGGGAAUGGAGGGAGCUCCGUUAUGACCCGGCCUGCGAGCGCCUCUACUACGGAGACGACGAGAAGUACUUCCGGAAGCCCUACAACUUCCUGAAGUACCAUUUCGAAGCCUUGGCAGAUUCUGGAAUGACCUCAGAGAUGUAUGAUGAUGCAAAUGACCUUCUUUCUAAAGUGAAAAAUGACAAAUUUCAGUCAAAUGGAAUAACCAUCGGCAUAGGCCCGACAAAAGGUUCUUUCAGUGCAAAUGUGGGUGUGUCCUGGUCAGGAGAGUCUUCGUUCUUGAAUAAGUUAAGCAAGUAUAAUGAGAAGAGAUACGGCUUCAUGAGAAUUUUCACCAAGGUGCAGACCGCCCACUUUAAGAUGAGGAGGCACAAGAUUAUGCUGGAUGAGGGGAUGUUGCAGUCGCUGAUGGAGCUUCCAGAGCAGUAUGAUUACGGCAUGUACUCCAAGUUCAUUGAUGACUAUGGCACACAUUACAUCACGUCUGGAUCCAUGGGUGGCACCUAUGAAUACAUCCUGGUGCUUGACAAAGCAAAAAUGGAAUCUCUUGGUGUUACCAGCGAAGAUACAAAGAAAUGCCUUGGAGGUGCCCUGGGCUUUGAGUAUGGUGAUAAUCAAAAAAUCGAAGGACGUUUAUCAGGAGAAUUUUGCAAAAACGCUGGACCUGGUGAAAUGGGAGAAGAAGCAAAGAAUGCCAUGGGCUUGGAAGACAUCAUUGUUCGAGUGCGAGGUGGCAGUGCUGGUGGCUCCGGGGGUUUGACACAAAACAGCAGCACCAUUACAUACCGCUCCUGGGGGAGAUCAUUAAAGUAUAAUCCUGUUGUCAUCGAUUUUGAGGUGCAGCCCAUCCACGAGGUGCUGCAGCACACUGACCUGGGGCCUCUCGAGACCAAACGCAGGAACCUGCGCCGGGCCUUGGACCGGUACCUGAUGGAAUUCAAUGCUUGCCGCUGUGGACCCUGCUUCAACAAUGGAGUGCCCAUCCUGGAGGGCACCAGCUGCCGGUGCCAGUGUGGCCAGGGUCGGCAGGGCCCUGCCUGUGAGCAGAUGGAGAAAGAGGGAGCCAAAGCAGAUGGUCGCUGGAGCUGCUGGAGCUCCUGGUCUGCGUGCAGAGCGGGCACCCAGGAAAGGAGGAGAGAAUGCAACAACCCUGCACCCCAGAAUGGAGGCGCUUGGUGCCCAGGGCUGAGAGUGCAGACCCAGGCCUGCUGAGCACCUCCAGGCUCCGGCAGCGAGGGGUCCUGUGGAUGCAGACGUCUUCAGCCAGAAGAAGUGCAAAUCAACACAGACUGUUUCUCUGUCCAUUCACGGGACAGUGCCCAUUGCCCAGUCCCAAAGCUGCUUCCAUGGAUCUCUUUUCUGUCCCAGUCUAUUUAGGCUCCUGUAACAAUAAAGCCGGUGGCUUACAAACUGAAACUUGUUACCCA